GAAGAGAAAUAUUUUCAUGACAGGAAGGAAAUGAAAAAAAUAUAUUUUCUCUCAACUCCUACAAACUUUCUCAUUUUGUAUCCAGGGAUAUUUUGAUACGAUGAAAUGCUUUGAAUUUAUGUAUCUGCAUAGCGACAUAAUUCGUCAAGUUUCAUUCUCAAACAACUUAAAUAGCAUAAUAUCAGCAUCUGAGAGUACAUUGACAUCGGAUGCUUACCUGCCGGGCGUCAUAAUUACCAAUCUUAGCAUUCAAAAGUCUCAAACUGUCUUCAAGAUGAACAACGGCACGACAUGUUUUGCUCUUGACGAAAGUUCACAAACUUUGGCAACAGGUGGACCUGAUACCAUUUUGAGAUUAUGGGAUAUCAAGGAGCCAUCCAUACCGAAGGCUAUUUUAAUUGGACACACGGCUGGCAUUGUCUACAUCUUCUUUCAAGAUGAUUCAAAAUUAUACACGAUUGAUAAGUUGAAGUUCAUAAAAAUCUGGAACGUUGAGCUGGAGAGCUUACAGCAAACAUUUGCGGGCCUUAAGCCAAUUUUUCCAAAAGAUUUACCAAUAAUUACAUUUUACAAUGAUGCAAAAAGAGAGUUGAUUGCAUCUGGAAAGAGAAUUGCCACAUUGAAAUGUAAUCCACGCAUAAAUCCAGACACAUCCGAUGGCAUAACACAUACGACGCCUGUUACAUUAAUACUGUUCAAUGAACUCUAUCAGUUCCUUGCUAGUUGCGGCUCCGACAGCACUAUUAUAGUAUGGGAUUUGUGGCGAGGUCGAAAGGUGAAUUGGAUUUUCCGAGCACAUACAAAGUUAGAGCAUGGUGAAGUCGUAACAAUUAAAAUUUCUGCUGGGUGCUUUGACACUAAACAUCAAUACUUAUUGACGGGCGGUGAGGAUGGAUCAAUGAAAAUAUGGAAUAUGAAUGAAGGCCUUUGUGUUCGAACGCUUCGCGUUGAUUCCUUCGUUAGAAAUGUUUUCUGGACUAAUAAUCGAAUUUUUGCAAUUAGUGACAUUGUAACUGAGUUUAUUGACAACAACGAUUACAAACAGCAGAUUAAUAUUGGAAAAAUUUGGACAAGUUAUCAUGCUGGAAAAAUCACAUCUGCUUCAUUACGUUAUCCCGAUGCUGUCGUCACUGCCUGCUGUCAUGGUGAUUUGAUUUUUUGGAAUUACGAAAAUGGUCAACCAUACAUGAGAUUCAAUAUGAAUAUGCCUACACAACGACUGCAAAUUGUUUAUCAAAAAAAUAAUAACAUAAAAACGUAA